GAGUGAGUUCAGUGGCGUGGUCACUCGUAGGCGUGGGUAGUUGAAGUAAUUAAAAGUUACGGUUUGUUGCGAGUGUUAAAGUUCUUAUUAAGUGAUCUCCAAUUUCUAAAAGAAUGAUUAAGAAAAUAAAUUUUUCUAUUUUAUUGGCAGUAUUAUUCUUUUCUUGUUGCAUUCAAGAAGGAUUAUCUAUCAAAUGCUGGGUAUGCAGAUCUGAUUCAGAUCCAAAAUGUGCAGAUCCAUUUGAUAAUACUACUGUGCCUAUAACUGAUUGCAAACAAGAACCCGAUUUAGAACAUUUGCCAGGUGUGAGACCUACUAUGUGUCGUAAAAUUCGUCAAAAAGUUAAUGGUGUAUGGAGAUAUUUUCGUAGUUGUGCUUACAUGGGAGAACCAGGAAUUGGUGGCGAUGAAAGAUUUUGCCUUAUGAGAACAGGAACAUAUAAUAUAUUCAUGGAAUAUUGUACAUGUAACAGUAAGGAUGGCUGCAAUACAGCUUCAUAUAAUCAUGGAAGCAUAUUUGUUUCUAUCAUAGUUUUAGCAAUUUCAUUAAGACAUGUACUUGUUUAUACUUAAUAUUUUUGACCAAAGAUUACAUAUAGAUUUAAUUAGAGUAUAUGUAUUUGAACAUAUUUUUUUUUUAUAACAAACAUUCUUAAUUUGUACUUACUAAUGACAUUCUUCUCGACAAUCAUACAAUCUUUAGAAAAAUAUCAUAUAUAUCAUUUCAAGCUAAAUUGAAAGAAUUACUCAAACAUUAUAUAAUAUCUUAUAUAAUCAAGUAGCGUUUUAUAAACAUUUGUGCCUUACGAGAGAGAUAAUAAUGAACAAAAUAUUCUAAGGUAAUUUUUAGAUAUCUUUUUAUCUUUUCUCAGAGUAUUGUAAUAUUUUAUAGAAAUAUAUUUUUAUUAAUAUAAUAUACAUUUUAAUAUAAAAAUAUAUGUUUGUAUUAUAUUUAUAUUUUAGAUUUUCUUAGUACAAAGAACGAAUAUUAUACUAAUCAAGUAUAUUGAAUUUAUAUUAACAUUUAGCAUACGUAGCAAUAUAAAUAAGACUGUAAAUUCCGUCCAUUAUUAAAUCAUUUAGUACUAGUAUAAAACAAUUGUGCUUUUGUAUUUUUGUAUCCAUUUUCUGGUUAAUUAUUAAAUGUCACAAAAAUAAAAUCAUUGCUCGCAUAAUGCAUCAUUCCUUAUACAUUUUGUACAUGUGUAUGAUAAAAAGAAAUAAAUAAAGAUACAUGGAAAAUAUUAUGU